AUGGCCUCUCGGCUCGUGGAAACGGUCAUGAUCAAUGUGGACGAUUUUGCGGACAGUUUCCUCACUUGUGGCACAUGUUUUACGGGAUAUGAUACACAGGAGCGAGCAGCCAAACUGUUACCCUGUUCACACACCAUUUGCCGAUCGUGUCUGGAUCGAAUUUUGGAAACACAGACUCAGUCCAGUUCAUUUCGUUGUCCAAUAUGCCGUGAGACAAUCGCCAUUCCGAACGGUGGUGGCGGUGCAUCUGCAUUUCCUCCCGCAUUUAUUGUGAAUCAACUAUUGGAUUUGCUCGCUACACAACGCCGUGAUGUUGUACCCAAGUGUCGAAUUCACGUCAAUCAAGAACUGUUAUUCUGUGAGACUUGUGAUGUGGUUUUCUGCACCGAAUGUCGCGGUCGUAGUCACGCAUCUCAGCUCACUUGUGGCGGUAGCACCAGUUCUCCCACAUUAAACACCGCAGUCCUCACAACCCAGGCAACUGUACUACCGUUUGAUGAUGGUGAUGGAGUACCUCUCCCGGGCCCUUUGAGUGGUAGUAGCGGCUCUGUCGGUGGGACCGCAUUGAAUCACAAUGUGAUCAGUUUCAAUGUGGCUAUCAAACGAUGCACGGAAAUCAUGUUGUACAAAAUGCAUUUAUGUGUGCAAGAGCUGAACAACGCUCAGGAUGCUGUCACUGCCGAGUUGGGUCGAUUGGAAGCGAACAAGAACAUCUGCACAGAGGUAAUUAGUCCAUGA